GUCCUGAUGCAUGCAGCCGGUCUGGUCAUGUGACGCAGCUGCAGUGAAGAACAUGAUAAAAUGACAAGGCUUUUCUGUGAUGGUUUGUGCUGAAGCGUGAGCGUCUGUCCGUCAGCAGGAUGCAGACACCCGAGAAGCUCUCACACGGCAGAUAAACGGAGGUCCACAAGCUGCCGAGAUGCUUUGCGUUCUCGCUCUUCUUGCGCUGGCUUUCUUUGCCUCGGGAGACGACGUGGAGCUAAAUGACAACCAUAAAGUCAUUGACGUGGCAAACUUUGCUAUGGAUUUUCACAAUGGCUUGAGCAGCUAUCCUUACGCCUUUAAAGUGGUGGAUAUCCUGUCAGACGCAGCUCGGCUCUAUCCUCCUUCGUGGGUUAAAUACGUGCUGCAGGUAAAGGCUGCGCAGACGGUCUGCGAGAAUCACGCCGCUGUGAACGUUACAGACUGUGCUCUGCAGUCUAAUGCAAAGGUCAUGAACUGUUCUUUCACCGUCUUGGCGGUGCCGGGAAAUAAUAAUAUCCCCAAACGACUGCUGUCAGAUCAUUGUGCCUGAAAAUGAUGAUUUCUUUUGAUGAAAUGUAGUCGGCAACACAUGCUCUGUUAAAGCGUGCCUCGUUGUAUACUCUGCGGCAUGUUAGUACGCUUAACUGUCGGUAACUUUUAUAUAUAUAUAUAUAUUUUUUUUUUUUUUUGAAGCAAUUACGCUGUGAUUUUCAAAUGUACUUCACGUGGAUUUAGUCUUGUCAAAAAUAAACAAUUCAGCAAUCGAAAUGAAUCUUUUGGUUUCAGUGAUUUACCUUUUUGCGUUUUAUCUUGGCUAAUAAUACAGAAAUUGUCGACAUUUCACUAAAACUUGUCUUUGUUUAGUAUUUAACUACCACUUUAUGGUUUAGAAAUGGUUACAUAAUAUAAAUUUUUGGAUUAUUUCUUUUAAAAAAGGUGUAGAGACACUGCUCUUCUGUGACUUUUAUUUUGGAAUAAUUCCCUUUCACUCAAGGUGUAUAAAAAUAAAAAAAAACAAUUAAAGCGUAUGUAUUGUGUUCAACACUUUUGCUCAUGUUAGGGUGGAUAUGGGCAAGGUCAGGGACGGGUUUGGUUGUAUGGGUAGGUUUAGGGUGUAAUUAUAGAAAUUAAUUGCAGAUGUAAUUACAUAAAGGUAUUUUUAAAAAUCUAAGUGAUGGAGAUCAAGAUCUACUUGUCACUAUUGAUGAUAUUGGGGCAGCAAACAAUGGCAAGCUGCUUGACUUUAAGAGAAAGAAAUUAAAACAAAGGUAUAACAGAAAUCAGACAAAGGAAAGACUUGCAUACUAUCAGUUAAAACUUUGUACGGUGUUUGUGUCACAUGUUUUAAUUACUGCAUCAUUCUCGUACGUCAAUGUAUUGUUUUCCUGAUUUUAUUAUGAAAUUUGGUGUGUGUGUGUGUGUUUGUGUCAGGCAGUGAUUCACGCAAUGGCGUGCGAAUCAUGAAUCAAUUAAGGUACAAUAUUCACAAACGCUGCUUUAAUUGAAAUCAACCAAUCACUGGUAUGGUUGAGCAAAUUGUUUGGGAGUUGUUCAACAAUUAAGGUAAAAAUAAAUGCCUGUUAUUAAAAAAAAAUAAAUGAAAGCAUUGUUUUGGUCUUGCAUGUCAACCGGUUCUUCUGUACCCACAAGCCAUCAUUUUCACUAAUAGCAUGUAUUUCUAUUUUGUUGCAAAUUUAGAACGCAUUUAAAUAAACAUUUUGAGCACCUAGCUCUGCAAAACUA